AUGGGCGGGUGGCAGCCGCCUCACCAACCACCUCCAAACGGGUGGCAGCCCCCGCAGCCCCAGGCAUACCCCUACCCCGGCCAGCCGUAUCCGCAGCCCCAGACCCAGCCGCAGGCGCCGGCCUACCGCCCACCACACGUCGCCAACCUGACCGAGCUGGAAGCGGGCACGGCGCAGCCCAAUUUCCUCCUCCCGCCCGGCCCGAACGGCACCGUCCUGGGCAUGACGAUGGAGCAGCUGGAAGCGCGGAACGCUGCGAUCGCCGCGUCUCCGCUCGGGCGGAUGGCCGCCUUCCUCGAUCGCUUCGAACGCCCCGCACAGCUCCCUCCCCCGCCGCCGCCUGACGCGCAGCUCAACGAGUCGAUGGCGAACAUGUUCAUCUCACGCGGGGCGGACCCGGCCGUGAUCCAGCCGCACAUCGGCGAGCUCGCCGGGGUGUUGGGGCAGGCGACGACGCUCAUGAAUCAGCGGAAACACGAGGACGCGUACCAGAAGCACCGGGAGGCGUGGCACGCUGCCAACCCGAAGCGCGGGAUCUUCGGCACGCGGCCACCGACGCCGCCGAUGCCUGCACUCCCAGAGGAAGACCGCGCCGAUCCGGAAGAGUACCUCGCGCACAUGCUGCACGGGGGCGGGCUAAUACAGAGCCCCGUCCCGGGGUGCAAGUACUGCGAGCCGUUCGCCAAGAUGCGCGCGGCACAUGCGGAACGGUACGUCGAGCACCAGGCACUGUUGAGACAAAACCGCGAGCAGCGGUGGAACGAGCGCGUGCGGACGUGGCGUGCCACGUAUGGGCGUGACUAUGACCACGGGCGCGCGAGUGCAGUGCAGGACAGGUUUGGGAAUGGGUGGGAUUAUCUUGAGGGCGGCGCGGCGUGGGACGCCGAGGACGCAAGGAUUCGCGCCAUCGAGGAGAGGAUGAGUUCGUCCGAUUAG